UAUGGUGAUGGUGAUGAUGAUGAGAAUCUAGGAUAACCUUACAACGUUGCUCCCGAAGCUACAUCUAUUGGGCAUGAGACGUCCAAAGUGCUUCCUUCGACCCACGUCUCCCAAAGAAGAAUCCGACGAAGAGUUCAACCUCAGGAGUACAGAAUGCCGGCUCUGGUACGGGAUCCUGCACGCGGCGAAGCGCAGCCCCUGGUCCGACACCGCGCAGCGCGAACGUCGUCUGGUAUCUCUUGCGCAAACGAUCAAUGCGCGCCCCGAUGCUCCACCUCCCCGGCAAUAAUGUGAUGCAGGCGACAGUACAUAUCACGGCGGCGAGCGUGUGGCUCCGGAUCGCGAGGCGGUAUAUGUGGGGUCUACGGACGGAAGGGGGAAGGGGUAUCUCGUCUUGCACAAAAUGUCAUUGUAGAUAUACUGGAGAUAUAAUACCAGUUAUAACCGCGACGAGCUACUCCGAAAUCAUUAUUUUCUGGUCUCCCCGGAAGUAGGUAAGUUAUCAGGACAUGCAAGUAUAAGGGUGACAGGCGAGUCGUAUAAGCACGUUGCUGAAUAAGUCGCCAGUAAC